GCCUCAGGCGCGUCGCGGACUGCUGGCGUAGCUCGGCAACGCGGGGAAUUUCGAGUGGCAGUGGAGUGCGGGAGGCUAGUGGGUGGUGGACCCCCCAUCCUCCUUAGGAGAGGUCAUGGACUCACUAGUCGAGCCUCGGUGGCCUCCGGGUCUGGCAGCCUUGAAGACAGUAGAUGAUUUGUUGCGGUGUGGAAUUUGCUUUGAAUAUUUCAACAUUGCAAUGAUGAUUCCUCAGUGUUCACAUAACUACUGUUCUCUCUGUAUAAGAAAAUUUUUGUCCUAUAAAACACAAUGUCCAACUUGCUGUGUGACAGUCACAGAGCCAGACCUGAAAAAUAACCGCGUAUUAGAUGAACUGGUAAAAAGCUUGAAUUUUGCACGGAAUCGUUUGUUGCAGUUUACCUUGGAGCCAUCACCCGUUUCUCCUGCUUCCUCCUCUUCAAAGAAUCUUGCUGCCAAACUACAUACUCCUGUAGCUUUUAGACAUUCUUUAAAGCAAGGAAGCAGGUUAAUGGAGAAUUUCGUGAAUAGAGAAACUGGUGGUUCUGCAUCAGAGUUGUUGAUAAAAGCGAAUGACAGCAAAUUCAGCCUUCAAAUAGAGGGGAACACUCCUGCAAAGACCAGAGACACACCUUUUGCAGAAGUGACAGCUCCAGGCAUCAUGGAUGCUAAUGUUCUUGAGGCACCCUCUACAUCAACUUUGAAACAAGUUACUAAAGUGGAUUGUCCUGUUUGCGGGGUUAGUGUUUCAGAAACUAACAUUAAUAAGCACUUAGACAACUGUUUAUCACGUGACGAGAAGAAGGAAAGCCUGAGAAGUUCUGUUCACAAAAGGAAACUGCUGCCCAAAACCGUAUAUAACUUGCUCUCAGAUCGCGAUUUAAAGAAAAAGCUAAAACAAUAUGGAUUAUCUACUCAAGGAAAUAAACAACAGCUCAUUAAAAGGCACCAAGAAUUUGUACAUAUGUACAAUGCCCAGUGUGAUGCUUUGCAUCCUAAAUCAGGUAAAGGAAUGGUUUUUACGAAGGACCAAACAGAAAAGGAAAUAGAUGAAAUUCAUAGUAAUUAUCGUAAAAGGUAUCAGAAUGAAUUUCAGCGUCUGGUGGAUAAGGCCAAAAAAGGGUACAGUAAAACUGUUGGAAUGUCAAAAGAAAAAGUACAAAAAGAAGACGAAACUACAGAAAAGCCAUUAUCUGUAUGCAUGGGACAAGAAGAUAAUCAAAUGAAAUUCUCAGCUAUGCCCUCAGUAACCAACCACUUCCCUCAAUCAAAGCAGGGCAUUCCGGGGAAAUUGGAGCCUGAUAGACCUGAUGAUUCUUCUAGUUGUGCUGAGAGUCAAGAAGAAGCUCUUUCUUCACCAGAAUCAGGCUCAUGCAUUAGUUCCAGUUCAGACAUCAUAAGAGAUCUUCUAGAAGAAGAGGAAGCCUGGGAAGCAUCACAUAAAAAUGAUCCUGAAGACACAGAAACAAGUCCAAGACAGAAUCGUCGCCCACGAUCAGCUGAAGGUGCUGAGAACGAACCGAGAAAUAAACGGAAUAGGAAUUAGUGUGGGCUUUGGCUGACUCUUCCAAUGCAGUGAUCAGAAUAUAUGGUACUUUCUGUUGCCAUAUAGAUUUCAUAUUCAUAAAUGCCCAAGUCAAGAUUUUAAAUUCUAGAUAUUAUUUUUAACUGAUUUUCAUUCUUUUUUGCCUUUCCGGAAAAAAAAAGUUACAAAAUAUCCUCACUUGUUCAUUUACCUCCUGCGUCUAAAACAGCUCUCUCUAAAAAUGCUGACUUUGCAUGUUCUCUAGCUUUGCAGAACCCACAGACAUUUUACAAUAGCAGAGGUCUUUUGUUUGGUUUUGUUUCUAGAUUUCAGAAUGUCCUUAAGCCAUUCCCCUCUUCCACGGAGAAACCAACUUCAGAAAAGGACUCUUCAACCUUUCUACCACAAGGAGCAGUU